UUAACAAGAGAUAGAUAGAUACGGGCAUAAAAAGAUAGAUAGAGGGAUAGAGGGUUAGACCACAGCUUCAAAGACUAAUGUAAUAUUCCACUAUCUAUCACAAGACUGCCAGAUAUUAAUAGUUAGGGAAAUAGAAACUCGUAUUUAGCAAGAGAUACAGUUCUAAAUAGAAGAGGUCUUUAGACAGAUAUUAGACCACUGCUUCCAAGGCUAAAAAUAAUGUAACAUUCACUUUUCUAUCAUAAGAGGUAUAUAGUUCACAGGGCUAACAAAAGUCGUCUGUAGGGGGCUCCCGUGGUAGCUGUCAGGAAAAGCAACUGCACUAUCCAUUUUCUUUCUCGCUCUAGGUAAGAUAUAAAGUAAUUAACAUCCUUGCAAGCUGACUGGGUGAUCUUGUUAAUCUUAUAAGGACCCAUAAAUCCUUGUAUGGCCCCGCGGUCUCUGGGUGCCUCCAAGAUCAAAACAAACCCUCGGCCACGGGACUCACGGCGCGGCCCCCGGUGACCUGACCUGACCCUGGCCGGCACCACCCACGGGGACACCUGGGACACCUGUGCGCCGCGGGUCAUGGUGCACAGGCCACUGCUACCACCCUGGCACCCUCCCCGCCCCCGCACUGAUAAGGGCCCGCGCUGCCCCAACACACCUCGGGCACUGGGCACUGGGGAUUGCUCCUAUAAUUAUUUACCUGUCUUUUAAUGACCUCAAGGCUGUUCCUCUUCUCCUUGAGGGUUGACCAGUAAAUGGAUGCCGGCGAAGCGUGGGACGUCACAACUUGAGGGACAAGAUGGAUGAAGACCCGGUGCAGGCCUUCCACCGCGCCGCCGAGCAAGGGGACCUGAGCAUCGUGCAGGCCACCGUCAGUGCUGGUAUUGGCGUGGACUGCCCCGACCAUGACAACAACACAGCCUUGCACAUUGCUGCUGCCAAUGACCAUGUGGUGCUGGUGUCCUUCCUGCUGGACAGCCAGGCAGACUAUGAGACAACCAACAGCCUAGGAUGGACGCCCCUCAUGCAGGCCGCCAGGCACGGCCAUAUGCAGGUGGUGACGCUGUUGCUCCAGGCCGGCGCCACUGUGGACAAGUGCAAUAGGCUGGGCAUGACAGCACUGAUGCUUGCCUCUGUCAGUGGGCACAUGGGCACCAUAAGGGCACUGAUUGACGCUGGCGCCGACUACAACCCUGAACCCUCCAUCGCCACAUGUCAGGUGACGCCGCUGAUGAUCGCGGCACAGCACGGGAAUGAUGCUGUGGUGCGCCUCUACCUCGACAAGGGGGUCAAUGCCAACAAGGCCACGCCCAAGACUGGAAUCACUCCCCUGAUGUUCAGCGCUGCUGGUGGUAACUUGUCCACGGCACAGAUCCUGCUGGACCGAGGGGCUGACCCCAAUGCCCUAAGUGCUUGUGAAAUCACAGCUCUGGAUGUGGCCACUAUUUGUAACAGGCCGGACAUCUCUAAAUGCCUUAAUGAGAGGACGAGUCACCACAAGAAAAAGGGUGCGCUGUGUGACAUCAUGGACGCCUCACGCCGCGGUGACCUGAAGGCGGUACAGGAAAUACUCUUGACAGACCCAAAUCAGUGCCAGUUUGCCACGGCUGAUGGUGCCACGCCUCUGAUGGUGGCGGCCAUGAUGGGGCACAAGCAGGUGGUCCAGGUGCUGGUUCAGUAUGGGUCUCCUCUGGACGCCCAGGACCACAAGAAUGGCUGGACCGCCCUCAUGCAGGCCAUCUACCACAGACAGACUGGCAUUGCCAGGUUCCUGGUGCAGUGUGGUGCGGACAUUGGCAAGGUCACCCACCGAGGCUACACAGCCUACGACUUUGCCAGUGAAAUGCUCGACACAGACAUGAUGCACGUGUUUGUGGAGGCCCAGAUGAGCUCGCUGGGUCUCGGGUCCAUGCCCACCAGUGCCCAGGCAUCCAGAGACCACCCUGACGGCACCAAGCUGGGCCUCAAACACUGGUGGAACAGAGUCUCCAACAAGUUUAACAGAGUGAAACACCACCGGCUGCCACCGUCCCCUGAGCCAGACAACCCUGGAGACCUCGGCCCGAUGCUCCCCCUCACUCCCAUACAUUACGACCCCAUACUGCAGCAGGAGACACGAUUGCCACCUGUCAUGGACUUUGGGGCCAACAGCAUCCGUGUGUAUGAGACCCUGAAGCACAUGGUGCCGCCCCACAUCUCAACAAACGUCAAGCCCAACCUGAUGCCCAAGGCCAUGCGUCCCGGCUGCAAGAUUAUACCCAAGGGAACCCUGGAGCCGCCCCGCCAUGCCACCAACUCCAGGCUUCUCAAGUGGAGCAUGGCCAGCGGAGGGUCAUCCCCAGGCUCCUCCCUCUCAGGCACCAGCCCCCAGUCCUCAGGUGAGGCACGGAGCUUGGGUGGCCUGCUGAAGGUGAAGGGAGGACACAUCCGCCACAGCCGUGAGCAUCCCCUGAGGAAGAGUGAGAAUGAGGAGCUGGUCUCCUCCUUGGAUAGUGGAGGCUCAGGGGGUUCCUCACUCAAGACUGUCACCUCCUCCAAGUCCUCUAAGUCAUCAAAGUCUUCCAAGUCCUCCAAAUCCUCCCGGUCCACCUCCACCUUGGUUCCUGAGGUGGUUGGGGCAGAGCAGGCGGAGGCCAGUCGCAGCCCCUUGACCUCCCUCACCCUAAGCCUGGGGUCGGGGCAGCUGGCGGAAGUGCUACAAAAGCUGUCCCUUGAUCAGUACCUUGAGUUGUUCCUGGAGCAGGAGGUGGACCUUGAUGCCUUCCUGGAGCUUUCUGAUGCUGACCUCAGGGACCUGGGCAUCAGCUCCCCUUCUGCCAGGCACAACAUCCUGGGGGCCAGCGCCAGCCUCAGGGCCAAGAUGCAGCCACCCUAGCCAGGCUCUCCUGCACCAAGGCAGCUUAGAAAUACUCAAGAAUUAUCCUAUCUUUCUCUACUCAUGGAAUACUUCAGAAAAUAAUUAGACAUAAGUUGUAUAAGAUAUCAAGUGUCCUUGUAGUAGAGGAUGGAAAAUGGUGCCAGUGGUUUUACUGCAUUAAUUUCUAACUAUAAAUUAAAACUUGUGCAUCACACAGCACCAGCAUGUUAUUCACUUUGGUUACUUUCCCACACGCACAGGUGUGUUUGUGCUGAGGCGCGCGUUGAAACACUCAUGGAAGGAUUGUCUGUUUCUUCCCAACGUGCGGAGUGAUGGCCUCUGUACUGUCUUGUUCAAAGCACCUCAGGGCAUUUGUAAACCAUUUGUGUAUUUGCUAACUUAAUCCAUGACCUGCUGAAUGUCGUAACUUAAACUUACUGUAUUUGCAUUAAUGUGAAAUAUCAUGCAACUGUAUGCAAGUACUUGCUCAAUACAAAUAUUUUUAUUUACUGAAAAUUUGGUUUCAU